GCUUCUUCAGUAAAAGAUGGUUCCCAGUAUUUUGUGCUCCUGAUUGUGACAGAUGGUGUUAUCUCCGAUAUGGCUCAAACCAAGGAGUCCAUAGUCAAUGCUUCAAAACUUCCAAUGUCAAUAAUUAUAGUAGGUGUUGGACCAGCAGAAUUUGAUGCCAUGGUUGAAUUGGAUGGAGAUGAUGUAAGAGUUUCCUCCAGGGGAAAAUAUGCCGAGAGGGAUAUUGUACAGUUCGUACCAUUCAGGGAUUAUAUUGACAGAAGCGGAAACCACAUUCUGAGCAUGGCUAGAUUGGCUAAAGAUGUCCUAGCUGAGAUCCCCGAGCAGUUCCUGUCCUACAUGAGGGCGCGAGGAAUCAAGCCAUCGCCUGCACCGCCCCCAUACACCCCGCCCACACAUGUGUUACAGACUCAGAUAUGACUGUGCUCUGAACUGCUAAUGUUAGUUACACAUCAGUUAGAACUGCUGAGUCAAUGCUUUGCUCCUGGUGCUCUGUAAUGAACCAGGGAAUGAGAUCCUUUUUUCAGUUUGUUUUCAGCAGUACUGGUUAAUUAAUAUGCUUUCUUGGAUCCAAAAUUAAUUCUCUUCCUAAACCAAAACUGUAAAUAUGGUUGUUGCAUGAGCAACCAAAAAAAAAAAAAUCGUUUAAAUGCUUGAAGCAAAAUAUGGAUGUCUUUUCUGAAUCUUCUUUUUUUUUUUUCUUUUGGACAG